CUGGAGUCGCUUACUAUCGACGUCACAGUUCAUGCGACAGUGUUAAGUUCGGAAGGCAACCUUUCCCAACGUGUUAAUAAUAAACUAACUAUAGUAUUACUCUGAUCAAUCUCAUUUCCCCCUCCCGAGAGAGAGACACGGAAAUAUUAAAACCCAGACAAGAUGCGGUUGUUAAUAAGUCGAGCGGUGUUGUGGGGAACGAUGAGACCCCGGUGUCGGUACUUCUCUGUGUCACAAAACAACCGGAACGACAGAAAGGGUCUGGUGCUCGGCGUGUACGAGAGAGAGAAGGAGGACGACUCUCUCCAUCUGACAGAAACAGCAGCUGGUGUCGACAGACUUCUGUCUGGACGACUGACUGAGCUGCUCAAGAUAUCAGGACCAGGUCUGAAGAAAGGGAAGAGCAGAAUAUUCUACGGACUUCAUGAGGACUUCCCAUGCAUAGCAGUAGUGGGUCUAGGGAGGACCUCUCUGGGUGUGUGUGGAACAGAGUACUGGGACACCUGUAAGGAGAACAUCAGGACUGCUAUAGCAGGAAGCUGCAGGGUCCUCCAGGACCAUUCGGUGACCCAUAUAGAGGUGGAUGGGUGUAAUGACAGCCAGUCUGCAGCAGAGGGCGCUGUUCUGGGGCUGUUUACUUACGAUGACCUGAAAACCAAGAAGAAGACCAGAGUCACCACAAAGCUGCACGGCAGUGGCUGUGUGUCUGGCUGGGAGAAGGGCGUGUUGUACGGAGAAGGUCAGAACUUGGCCCGUUACCUGAUGGAAGCUCCAGCCAAUCAUGUCACUCCGUCAGUCUUCGCUGACACCAUCACGAACAGACUGGUUCCCUACGCCGACCAUGUUACCGUCCAUAAGAGGUCUCAGGAGUGGAUAGAGGAGCAGCAGAUGGGAGCUUUCCUCAGUGUUUCUAAAGGCUCAGAGGAACCGCCGGUCUUCCUGGAGCUGCACUACAACGGUUGUCCUGACAACACACAGCGUCCUCUACUGCUGGUGGGCAAGGGCAUCACCUUUGACAGUGGUGGGAUCAGUCUAAAGCCUUCGUCAGGUAUGGACGCUAUGAGGGCUGAUAUGGGCGGAGCCGCCACUGUGUGUUCCGCCAUCGUCACGGCAGCGGCCCUCAAUCUGCCAAUCAACAUCAUAGGUGUAGCGCCUCUCUGUGAGAACAUGCCCAGUGGGAAAGCCAACAAGCCUGGAGACGUCGUUACCGCCAAGAACGGAAAAACCAUACAGGUGGACAACACGGACGCAGAGGGAAGGUUGAUCCUGGCAGAUGCUCUCUGUUACGCUCACAGCUUCAACCCCAGGGCCAUCGUCAACGCUGCCACCCUCACCGGAGCGAUGGAUGUUGCUCUGGGUUCAGCAGCGACAGGAGUCUUCACCAACUCUGACUGGCUCUGGGAACAGCUUCACAAGGCCAGUGUGGUAACGGGAGACCGGGUCUGGAGGAUGCCGUUGUUUCAGCAUUACACCAGACAGGUCACUGACUGCCAGCUGGCUGACCUCAACAACGUCGGCAAGUACAGCCGUUCUGGCGGGGCCUGCACGGCGGCAGCGUUUCUGAGGGAGUUUGUGACGGCCACUCAUUGGGCGCACCUGGACAUCGCCGGGGUGAUGACCAAUAAGGACGAGGUUCCCUACCUGAAGAAAGGAAUGUCUGGGCGACCGACACGAACACUGGUAGAGUUCGCUGCUGGACUGGCUAACCAAGACUGAAGACACACACACACACACCACACCUACACACACUGAGCUGGCUGGAGAAGGAUUAUUCUGUAGAGACAGAGACUGUGGUACUGUGUAGAAUCACAGACUGCUUCCCAAAUAGCACCUUAUUCCCUACCCAUAGGAGUCUGGUCAAAAGUAGUGCACUACCCACAGGACCGGUGAAAAGUAGUGCACUAUAUAUAUAUAUAUAUAUAUAUAUAUAUAUAUAGGAAUAGGCCCUUUUUGUCCACUACCCAUUGGACUGGUCAAAAGUAGUGCACUAUAUAAGGAGUAGGAUGCCAUUUGGGAUGUAUUCUGAGUUAUCUGGUAGUAGCCUGUUGUGCAUAGAGAGGGGCUGAAGAGGACAUUUCCAACCCCGUGCCCCUGCAACAGGACAUGUAACUAAUUUCCUCUCUGGCCUAGUUUAUAGCCUACAUACCUAUGCAUUGAGAAACUGAAUUUUCAUGUAAAUGGACAAAGUAUAUCGUAUCCUACCCUUACAAAAAAAAAAGAUUGCAGUCAGAGUGCAGUGUAACUGCAUCCAAAAUAAGUACAUUUUUACUGGAGUUAUUCUGCAAUUACUGCUUCCAAAAAAUACCACAGUCGACUGCAAUCUUAUUUUGGAACGGUAACUACAAGUAGCUAUGCAAAAUGUUGUUGCGUAACAAAACUACGCAGCCUUGUGAUUUAUAACCGGAUGCAAGAACGCAGGAUAGUCAUUUUGCGUAGCGUUCUUGCGUUGCUUACGUAGGGUAAAAACUCGUCUUCAGCGACAGUCAGUAAACCAACCUCUCUCUGUUCAGUAGUUGUGGGAGAAACUCAAAUGCUGAUUUUGAUAUGCACUUCUGCACACAAAAACAAUAAAAUAUUAUUAUUGCCAAUAUUUACAUGUCAUUUAAAUAAAACACAAAUAAAACAA